AUGUAUAAACUGAGGCCUGAUGAUUUCGAUUGGAUUGAGCAGGAAAGAUCUAAAGCAGAAGCAGCCAAGGCACGUCUCGAUAAACGCUUGGAAGCCCAGAAGAGUGCAGCCAGAGCGAUACAAGACGGGCAUGCGGGCGAUGAUGGGCAGAGUACUUCUGAUAAGUGA